AUGGAGGAUCUCAAGAGUGAUACCAAGUACAUCGACGACAUCGAUAUCCAGAAGAAUGAGACCGUCUUCGCUCCUGAGGCUCGUGAGGCCUAUGGUCCUGCUGGCCUUGCUGGCAUCUUCGGCAACUCCUAUGUAGCUUUGUGUGCCGCCUUCUCAGCAAUGGGCGGCUUGCUCUUCGGAUACGAUCAAGGAGUUAUCUCAGUCACUCUUACCAUGGACGAUUUUCUCGAACGAUUCCACCAAAUUGCACCUGGUUCAAGUGGAGCUAGCUUUAACAAAGGACUGCUCACCGCGAUGAUUGAACUCGGAGCUUUGUUUGGUGCAUUGAACACUGGAUGGGUUGCAGACAAGUACUCCAGAAAGUACUGUAUUGUUGUAGCAGUUGUGGUGUUUGUGAUUGGAUCUGCUCUGCAAACAGCCUCAGUGGAUUAUGACAUGCUUAUCGUUGCUCGUUUGAUUGGCGGUAUUGGCAUCGGCUCACUAUCUGCUGUUGCACCGAUGUACAUUUCAGAAAUCUCUCCGCCUGAGAUCCGAGGAACUUUGCUUGUCUUGGAAGAGUUCAGCAUUAUCGUGGGUAUCGUUGUGGCAUUCUGGAUAACUUACGGGACACGCUACAUGUCAACUGAAUGGAGUUGGCGACUUCCCUUCCUGCUACAGAUUUUGCCCGGACUAGUCCUUGGUGUCGGAAUCGUGUUUCUCCCUUUCUCACCUCGCUGGCUCGGCAGCAAAGGUAGAGACGAAGAAGCUCUCGUCGCAUUGUCACAACUACGUCGCCUUCCAUCCACGGACCCUAGGGUUCAGCAAGAAUGGUUCGAUAUCCGCGCCGAAGCGAGGCUGGUGAAGGAGAUCAGCAAAGAGCGCCACCCCAACCUACAGGACGGCACUAGGUCCUGCCGCUUGAAGCUCGAACUCGCAUCUUGGGCCGAUCUUUUCAAGAAAGGUUGUUGGCGUCGAACCCAUGUAGGAGUGGGAAUUAUGUUCUUCCAGCAAUUUGUUGGUAUCAACGCACUCAUCUACUACAGUCCGACGCUGUUCGAAACUAUGGGUUUGAACUCUAGCAUGCAGCUGAUUAUGUCUGGUGUACUCAACAUUAUGCAACUGGUCGGAUGCUCAACAUCGAUAUGGACAAUGGAUCGAUUCGGCCGUCGUACACUUCUCCUCUGGGGCAGUCUGUUCAUGGCCGCUUCACACAUCAUCAUUGCCGGCCUUGUCGGAGAAGGUCAAAAGGACUGGGCUGCCCAUGGCGGAAUGGGUUGGACAGCAGUAGCAUUCCUCCUCAUCUAUAUGAUCGCGUUCGGAGCAAGCUGGGGACCAGUACCAUGGGCCCUCCCAAGCGAAAUCUUCCCAUCCUCGCUCAGAGCCAAAGGAGUAGCAUUAUCCACAUGUUCAAAUUGGCUGAACAACUUUAUCAUCGGCCUCAUAACCCCACCCCUGAUCUCCGGCACAAAGAACUACGGCGCCUACAUCUUCUUCGCCGCCUUCUGUGUCUUCUCAGGCAUCUGGGUCUUCUUCUGCGUUCCAGAAACCAAUGGAAAGAGCUUGGAAGAGAUGGAUCAUGUGUUUAGAGAUGCGGGCGGUAGUGAAGAGGAGGAAAUCCGUAAAUUGAGGAUUGAGAGGGAGUUGGCUGCUAGUACGCAAGAACCUGCUGUUGCUUAA